UAUGUCAACAAUGCUACCAUAUCCGGUGUCCCUUUUGCCCUGUUUUGGAGCUUCCUAGUUUGGGUGGGAGACCCUGGGAGUUAUUUCCUGCAAAGCGUUCCCAGAGAUUGCAGCUGCAAGGAACUGCAAGGAGUUCGGGAGAAGCCCCUUCUGUUACUUGGGAACAUUGCUCUGGUCUCCAUGUCACCCUCCUUUUCCAGUUAGAGACCUUGGUGAGAGACUGAGGUUCCGCUUGCAUUUGCUGAACCCACGCAGAUCUGUGUCCAGCAGCUUCUGAAGGGACAAAAUGGCAGCCGAACAGAGGCACAAAAUGGCUGCCCCAGAGAGGAGAGAUGCGAGAAUGGGUUUUCAUCACCAGGCUGCCCUUGAUCCGAGUGUGCAAUCAAGGCUGAAGGCUGAAGAGCCAGUCCUAUUCCCCCCUGAAAUGGGGGAGUCAUCUCAAAGUACUCCUCUUGUUUCUGAAAUGGGGAGUAUAAGGGACUUAUUGAAAUGGGCAACACCACAGCAAGUUAAAGAGGAACCACAUGAGGGAUUGUCUCAGUGUUGGGAAGCCCAAUGGCAGGAGUUCCUGAAAGCUGUACAGUCUCCUAAUUCAGGGUGGGGGUAUCACUUGCCACUCUCCAGUCCAACAGAUGAGCCAAAGUUUUUUCCAAAGGGCCCUUCUGAAGAGGGGACCGAUCCCAACCACUGGACUAAAGCAACAUGGGUAAGCCAACUCCAGUCAGGCCUCAGUGGAGGCCUGGAUGUCGCAGACAAGGAGGAUUCUGGGAAAAUGAAGAAAGAAAUCCUGGAGGCUGAGGCUAUCAGCUCAGAUGCAGAGCGCCAGCACUUCAGGCAGUUUACCUACCAGGAGGCUGAGGGACCCCAAGAUGUCUGCAGCCGACUCCAGGAACUUUGCCAUCAGUGGCUGAAGCCAGAGAGACACACCAAAGAACAGAUCUUAGAGCUGGUGAUCUUGGAGCAGUUUUUGGCCAUCCUACCCCUGGAUAUGCAGAGCUGGGUCAAAGAAAUUGGUCCAGAGACCUGUGUCCAGGCAGUGUCCAUGGCAGAGGAUUUCUUGCACAGGCAGCAAAACACUGAGAGACGGGAAGAGCAGAUACCGAUACCGAGGCCUUUAGAUAACACAGCUGUGGCCGAGCAGAUUCCAUCAAGAGCCCAGCUGGGUCAAUUUUGCAGUGGAGCCAAGCAGGAGAACGGUUUGCAGGGUGAUGACAGGUGGUUGCCUGAGAACAAGGAAGAAAGAUGUCGGCCUCAAGGAUCUGCAGGAGUAGAAUUAGGCAGCAUUUCUUUGGAAAGGAGAGAAGAGAAAAUCCCCCAGAAUCACAAGAAGGGAGAAUCCUCUGAGGAUCGGCAGAGGCUGGUCAAGGAGCCUGGAAGUUGUGCUGGUAAAAGUGGGGAUGGUUUUGAGGGGAUGAAUUUAGCUGCAGAUUCCUUCCCCCAAAGGACCCACACGGGAGAGAGAGAAAAUACACCUUCUGAGCAAGGGAAGAAUUUCGGUUCAAACUCAGACGAGAGAGCUGCUGAUGAGAAAACCAGCACAGGAGAGAAACCGUAUAAAUGCCCAGACUGCGGAAAGUGCUUCAGUCAGAGUUCUUCUGUGGUUAAUCAUCAAAGAAUCCACACAGGAGAGAAACCAUAUUUAUGCUUAGAGUGUGGGAAAAGUUUCCGGGUUAGCUCGGACCUUAUCAGACAUCAGAAAAUCCAUACCGGCGAGCGCCCUUACAGGUGCUCUGACUGUGGGAAAAGCUUCUGCCGGAGCUCGCACCUGGUUAGGCACCAGAGAAUCCACACAGGAGAAAAGCCAUAUAAGUGCCCACGCUGUGGCAAAAGCUUCAGUGACAGCUCCUAUCUCAUUACACACGAGAGAAUUCACACGGGAGAGAAGCCCUAUAAAUGCUCAGAAUGCGGGAAGAGGUUCAGCAACAACUCAAACCUUACCGUUCAUGAGAGAACGCACCUUACGGAAAAACCAUUCAAAUGCCUGGAGUGUGGGAAAAGAUUUAGCAACACCGCUGAGCUCGCAGGGCAUGAGAGGAUGCAUCUGAUGGAGAAACCGUAUAAAUGCUCUGAAUGUGGGAAGAGCUUUAAUUGGAGCUCAGACCUUACAGUUCAUCAGAGAAUCCACACACCUGUAGGGGAAAUGGUACUCAGUUGAUUUGUUGAGAAAUAUAUGAUUAUAUAUCUCUCUCUUUCUUUUUAAUGGAUAAUUUUGAGCCCUCCAGUGAUUUGCUCUCCUCAUUGAUUGGAUUUUUGUUUCCUUUUUACAAAUAAAUUAAGAUGCUUCUGUUUUAAAUUUUUAAUUUAUCAUUGUAAUAAAAUACAUCAAAGCA